AUGCUGGAGCACGUUGCCCUCGGCGCGCACGGCCAGCUUUGUUCAGCGGACGGCUCGAUCGCUUCAGACGAGUUGCGCGCCGCGCAUGCAGAGGUUACUGCGGAGCUGGAAGCAGCAAGGGGGGACGUCGAAGCACAGCGAGUGCUGGAGGUCCCACGCCUGCUCGAGAUCUAUCGGGACUACACGCAGUAUCUGGUAUCUUGUCCACAGGCGGUCAUGCAAGCGACCAUCGCAAAGCUCGAAGGUCUGCUCCAGCAGCUCCGCAGCAUGUGCAGCACCAUGGAGCUGAUCCGGCCCUGCCAGGCGACCACGCCCUUCAUGUUUGACGUCUUCAUCUACUAUCUGCUGCUGAAGUAUGGAGUGGUCGAUGCCUACGCGAACCUUGGAAAUGUCACCAGCCAGGAGGUCUUCCGUGGAUGGCCCAUCGAGGAGCACGAGCAGCGCACCUGGUUCCUUUUCGGGGCCCUCUGGAGAGUAAUCUGGCCUGCCAGAGACUACUGUGCAUGUGUGGAAGCUUAUGACUACUACACCACCAUGCACGCUUUGUUUGAUGGAUCCUUGCACAUAGGCCGCGGGGACCUUCACGAGCGGCUGCUGCGGCCCUCGAGUGAAGCGCGGCGGAUGGUCGAGGCUGCGUCAUAUUGCGAGGAGUGGCUGGAAAAGGACUUCCAGCGCAUCUUUUCCACCUAUGCCAAGUUCUCGGCUUGUUUACCAGGCGCACUGAUGGAGAACAUCGUCUGCCUCCAGCGAUGGCUCUUGGGUGGCAAGGUCAUCGGGAGCCUCAAUACUGCUGAGAUGAUGGUGAAGCUGCUGACGUUGAGCGACACCUGCUUGGAAGACACACGCUGGCCGUUCAGCAAGGCGGACGUGGAGUACAACUUCGCACGCCUGGCGGUCAACUGGCGCGCGGGAAACGUGAACUGCCAGGCAAUGGAUCGUUUCGGCCAACGGCUGCAGGACGACGGAUGCCCCAGCGCUCUGGACGCCACGGCGCUGCGGCCGCUGUUGUGGUCUCCGUCACCUCUGCAGCAGAAUGGGCGGCAGGUGCAGUGCACAGCCCAGUUCGAUAAUGCCUGCAUCGUGAAUGGCAUCGUCACUGUCCGUAAGCCUCCAGAUGGUGAGGCUCGUCUUCCUGACGAGCUUCAAACCUGCUCUGAGACGGGGCGCAACAGGCACCGUCUCGCUCUGAGCGAGGAUCUCGGACAUCUCUGGGGCACCCAAGAAGAGGCCGUCCUGCAAAGGCAGACAGUAGGCUUCGUGUUAAACCUUCCAGAGACCGGCGACAACGUUUGGCACAACCUGCACUGGAUUGUGCCGGCUGCCGCCAGGUUGCAUGGGCCACGUGCCCAAGAAAGCCUUGGUGACAAAACCACGCGGGACGUUCUGCUGAUCCUACUCUUCGAUGCAUACCUCUUUCGCGAAAACAAGCCCGACCUGGAGAACGGCUCCGAUGUUUCCGAGGCCGACGCAGACCGCGAGAAGGCGGAGCAGCAGCAGCGCUUCGAGCUGUGGGUCGUCAGGCAUGCGCCUUUCCUCCGCCUGCUCACAACAGCGCCACCGGUUAUGCUUCACACAGUGCAGCGCCGCUGCUUCGGUCGACUGCUAUGGGGGCAUGCUGAGAUGCGGGCCGAUCGAGAGCUGCGCCACGGAACCGCUGUGGGCCCCGAGGAGGUUCAGGCCUUCAAGGAUGCCUUGAAUCAUCACCACGCGCGUGAGAUGGACGAGCUGGCGCACAGCUUUUGGCAGCGCUCGCCCCUCCCUGCGGCCAUGGGGAUGGUCCCUGACAAGGGGAGCCACAUCUCCGUCAUCGUCAUCCAGCGUGCCUUUGACCACGGGCGGUCUUUUCUGGACCUCCCGAAUCUCACGGCAAGGGCGCUGGAACCGCUCACAUCGUCCGGGGCCGGGGCCUGGAGGGUUUUGGACGACCUGGAGCAGCGUCCUCUGCUGCAGCAGGCAGCCCUCUUCCGGAGCACGGACGUCUUGGUCGGUGCAGUUGGGGCGGCACUUGCAUGGAUGCUGCUCAUGCCGGCUGGAGGACAAGUUCUGGAAUGGUUGCCGCAGGGUGUACAACCCUCGCUGUAUCGCUGCAGCGAGGCGUGGAAUGAAGACACCCUGGGCAUGUUCGGAGGUCUGGGACGGUUGGCCAACGUUGACCACGUGUGCUUGCGGAGCGAAGGGACACCUGUUCAAAUCCCAGACAGCAAGCGGUUCUCGGCCACUAGAACCACGGCGAAAGACGCCUUCUGGCGACAGACGAAUCUGGAGACUCUGCUGAACCUUAGACGCCUCUUCACUGACGUGGAUCAGCUUGCGGUUUCUGAUUUUGUUGAUGACUCGGCGUCGGCUACGGGGCAGAAGCUGAAGCACAAGAAGCAGCUUGGCUUCGGGCUGGGAGCCCUGCAGCACAAGGCGGAGGAGGCUAGCCGUGCAAAGAAAGAGAAAGUGAAAGAAAGCAACAACCAGGACUCAGCGCAGGACAAAAGCCUGGGCUGCGAGGAGCCUCCAGAAAGCAUCGAGGGCCUUCAGCCAUCUGUUUCCAGCACAUCUACCCUCCCAGGAUCACCGGCCCCAGAACCAGUGGCUCGUUCUGUGCAGGUCUUCGACGAGCUUCAGGCGUCUAGGGAAGGCACGGGACUGUGCCUUAAAGACGCAGCAGCCUCGACUGCCCGUGCAGACGAAGAAGUUUGA